AUGAAGCCAUUUCGGUAUUAUGUCUAUACAUCUCUCUUCUUGAGAAGUUCACUAGCAGCUCGCGGAGGCCAUUGUCCCCCUCUUGGUCCAGUCCUUCCUGCACCUGUCCACCCUUCCAACCAUGCUUCAGUCAAGUCAGCAGUAGCUGCUAUCAAAGCAAGAAUUGAAGAAGAAACAAACUCCUACAAUCUUUCCUCUAUAGCAGUCGCCAUAAAAUCAACCUACGAAGAUGACUACAUGCUCGAAUUUGCCAAUACGCCUCCAAAGAUCGAUCCUCGGGGAGUUGACAACGUAGACUCCGACACUGUCUUUCGCUUGGCCAGUCUCUCCAAGGUGUUCCCUGUUCUGGCUCUGUUAAAACUUCACGAGGUUGAUCUUGACGAUGCUGUUACGAAAUACGUUCCUAAACUUCGCGCACUGAACAAACAAGCUCGAAAGCAAGAUGCUGUUUGGGCGGUUGACUGGGAUGAAGUCACCAUCGGGGCCUUGGCGUCUCACAUUAGCGGCAUACCAGCCGACUUGGUGACUGAUGUCGAGCCUUAUGGAGACUGGACAAAGCUUGGGUACCCGCCACCUGACCCAACCAAAAGCCUCAACUGCUCAGGUCUUUUAGGUCUUCCAGAGUGCACCAAAGAAGAUUUCUUUGAGCGUUUUGGCGAGAGGCCUCCUGUGUACGCACCCUACGCCGUAAACCCUGUUUACUCAAACGUAGGGUUUGCCAUAAUGGGAUGGGUCAUUGAGAAGGUUAGUGGUAUGCCUUCCGGAGAGUUCAUCAAGAAGGAAAUCUGGGAUCCUACUGGAAUGAAACACACAUUUGACUCAAAGCCCGAUGACUCCUUGGGAUUCAUCCCUGUUGAUGAUGAGUGGUGGAACGCAACCCUUGGCUAUGGUGAUCCUGCCGGAGAAUAUUACUCUUCUAUUAACGACAUAAUGGCUUUUGGGGAUGCUAUCCUCAAGAACAAACUUCUCAGUCCCGCAGGGACAAGAAAGUGGCUGAAGCCUGCUACGAGCACUUCGUCAAGAGGUAUCUUGCUUGGAGAACCAUGGGAGAUAUUCCGUGCCGAUAACAUCACCAAAGACGGCCGCCUCAUUGAGUUCUACACUAAAGCCGGCGAUAUCACCACAUAUCACUCACUCAUGGUGUUGAUCCCAGACUAUAACCUCACCGUCACCCUUUUUAACGCUGGUCCGGAAGUCAGUGGUGGUCUUCUCCAAACUCUUUUUUCUGAAAUCGCCAGGGAAUUACUUCCUGCUAUUGAGGAGGCUGGAAAGGAUGAAGCAGCCAAGAUCUAUGGUGGCACAUACACUGACGCCAAGACGAACUCUACUCUCACUCUCUCAGUCGAUGAUGAGCCUGGAUUUCAUAUCACGAACUGGACAGUCAGAGGAGUUGAUAUUGCAGGCACGUAUCUUAGCAUUGGGCUACCACCGACAUUUCCAACACCCCCUGGACAGGUCCGCUUCCGCUUGUAUCCUACUGGCCUACAAAGCGAUACGGAGUCAUCUUGGCGAAUGAUGUUCACUGCUGGGUCUGAGGAGGACAACGAGGAAGCGAAUGCGCUCUUGGCCUGGCCUGAUGGGAACUGUAAUACUUGGGCAUCCUUGGAUCGUAUUGUGUAUCAGCUGUUGUCGCAUGAUCAUUUUGUGUUUACGGAGUCUGGACAGGGUAGUCAUAGGACGGUUGAAAAGCUUGAGCUUGUGGGUUAUAGGGUUGAGCUGCACAAGGAUAAUUGA